AUGUCUGACUCUCAAUUCGAGUCAAUCAUAUCGCAAAUCAUUUCAGAUACACCUAGUGGUGAAAUCAAACAAGUGUAUGAAGAUUUAAUUACCAUUGCAGGAGAAAACUCCAAAGAGACUGUAUUGGAUGCAAUUGAACAGUACAAUAUAAAAAAUUUGAUUCCCAUAGAAGUCGACGGGAAAUCAGUGGUUCUUUCAAGGUAUAAUAGGGAGGGUUCGAAAUUUUUUGAUCCCGCCUCUUCUAUAUCCUUCAAUGUGGAUCACUUAAAUAGGGAAGGCUUCGAUAUCCAACCUUUUCAGUCUACUCAAUUGAAUCAGGUGCAGGAAGAUCUGCUCAAAAAUUUACAAAAGUAUGCUGAAAAGAACUUUCCUGGAUAUUUGACCACAUCGAUUUAUCCAAUUCCAGAGGAAAGCAAUAAGAUUGUUCUCUCAAUUGUUAGCAUGAAGUACAAUCCCUCGAAUUUCUGGAAUGGGCACUGGAGAUCUGAAUACAUCUUCGACUCAAAUUUCAAUAAACUCAAAGGUUCAAUAGAUGUUCAAGUACAUUACUACGAAGAUGGUAACGUUAGCUUCAAAUCUAGCGAGACAUUUGAUCUGGAUGAUAUUACUGAUGUCAUAAAAACGAUUGCAGUAAAAGAGAAAGAAUUUGAAGAGAACUUGGACACUUCUUUCUCGCAAUUGAAUGAAACCCAAUUCAAAAGCUUAAGAAGGAGAUUACCAAUCACGAGGUCAAGAGUUAACUGGGGUAAGGCAAUUGGAACGUACAGACUAGGAAAAGAUGCCGCUCAAGGUAAGUAG